AUGCCUUGCUUAUCGGCCUGUAAUGUGCGCUUCGUGAGCGCCGAGGCGCAACUCAAGCAAAGAUGUCAGGAGCUGAGGGCAAGAGCUCAGACAGCUGCAUAUCGCCCGCCUCCUGGUGGAUAUCGGCCAAUGACAUCGAUGGCACCUAACAUGAGCUAUGUUCCCUUUCGACGACGCAGUGAGCAGUUUGCGGCCUUCGAUCAAAAGCAGCUGAAACGCAAUGAGAGGGAGAGGAGGCGCAAUCAAGGCGCCAAAGAGCUGGUGCUGCGACCGAAUGACCUGAAGAGAAUUAAGGACAAGUGCAAGGUAGUGACCAUCCAUGACAAGCUAAAGGUCAUCGAACAGAACGAAGAGGAUCAUCGCAGACAGCUGCAACUGGUGGAGGAGACAAAGCGACGCUUCAAGGAGAUCGAUGCAGCUCGCAAGGCAGAGACCAAAGAGGAUCCACAGUGCGACGAGAUCAAUGAAGCAUUGGAAGAACAGAACACAGUACUAAGUCGAGCAUUGCUAGCCAAACAAGAGCAAGAGGAGGAGGUAAAGCAGAUCAAUCGCAUGAUUCUAGAUGCCAAGUGUAAGGCCGUGCGGGAGGCGCAAAUCCAGGAGAAGAGGCAAAUGGCUAGGGCUCUGCGUGAGGACGACGAACGUCUGGCCAAAAUGGUCAAUGCGCGUGCCAAAGAGGCCUUAAGUGCUGAGGAUGAACGAGAACGCCUGGAGAUCGAGAAGCGAGCCAAGUAUGCCCAGGACAUUCGCCAGCAGCUGAGCGAGCGCGAGAAUCAACGCUUCCUGGAAGCCCAGCGAGUAGCCGAAGAGGCCAAGCACCUGCGAAAGGCGACCGAACUGCUGAGGGAGGAGGAGGAGCGACAACGGAACUUUGUUCAACUCCGCAAGGUUCGAUUCCGCGAGGAGCUGCAGCGAAUUCGAGAAAUGUCUAGUGUGUUCAAGACGAUGCUCUGCGAGCAGGAGCGUCUGGCAGAGUUGCGGGUGGCAGCGUACAUGCGAGAGAAGCAAGAAAAGGAACGACAGCUCAAAGAUAUGCAGAAACUUGUGAAGAAAGAGUUUGAGCGGCGACAACAGCGCAUCUUUACCAUAGCUGCCGAGGCUCAGGAGACACGUGAGUCGAACGCGGAGCUCAAGUAUCUCAAGGAGCGCAAUCGCGUGGAGCGAGAGUAUCGGCAGCGAGAAAAGGAGGCGGCUAUGGCCAAGCGCGAGGCAGAGAGGGAUCUGCUGGAGUCUCGCGCCCAACAGGCACAGGAAAUGAAACAACGCAUUGCCCAGGAGAUUGCCCACGCCGAGGAAGAGUUCAACAAGGUCCUCGAACGCAUGCGCGAAGAGGAGGAGAAGCAGCGUCGACUGGAUCGGGAGCGUGACCUCAGAAGCCAGACCUAUCGACGUGAUCUCAAACAGCAGAUGACGGACAAGGAAGUCGAGCGUCGACGACGAGCUGAUAUUGAACAGGACCGCAUGCAAAAGUGGCUCGACCAGGAGCGUCAGAGAGAUGCCAACAUUAAGCAUGUGAUCAGCUCCAAGAUUGCGGCCAUGAGAGAGAACUGCCUGCCCGAGAAGUACUUGAAGGAGGUGGAGAAGCAGCUCAAGAAUAUUCAAAGCUUCCGAAAUCGUAUUCGUUGA